UGAUGGAGCUACAUGUUGGUGAUGGAGCUGUAUGUUGGUGAUGGAGCUGCAUGUUGGUGAUGGAGCAGCAGGUGGAGACACUUUGACUUCAUACAGUUUGUCCCCAGCUGGACCUCAGUGUGACGUCACAGACACGUGGACGGACACGUCCUUCUGUCAGGACACUUCCUGUGCAGUGCACUGAUGUCAGCAGUGUCGUGUCAUCUCUGAUCACACACUGAUGUUUCACCGUCUUCUUCUUCGUCUCCUUUUUAAACAGUGAAUUACAAACAGACGGAGGAGCGUCAUCGGCAUCAUGUGACGCUGUCUCCGCCCACAUGAGAACCAAACCUACGCCUAUAAGCUGCUGAAAAUGUGCUGCAUUAGCAAAGAGCAGGAGAGUUCAGCUGCGAUGCCUGACCUCUGACCCCUCUGAGAGACACCUUUGAGGAGGAGGAAGAGGAGGAGGAGGAGGAGCAACCAGCAGAGCUCCCAGCAGGGAUGGAGGGAGAAGAGGAGGAAGGUCGAGCAGAAGAGACUGAGACCUCCUCCAAACUGGGGAGAGCUUCACCAAGAGGAGGAGGACAAGGCAGACAAAAUGGCCUCAUCAACACCCACAGACUGGGGGCGGAGCCUCGGGAGGCGCUGCUGUUGGUGUACUCAGCUCCUCAGUAUCAGGGUCAUGUGGUGGUGAACACUCCGCAGGAGAGGAGCAGCGCAGGAGGGAGAGGGGGAGGAGGAGGUGGGGCUCCUCCUCAGCUCCUCAACCCCAGCGCUCUCCUCCCCCACCAGACGCUGUCAGACCCCCGCCUCAGGCCCGCCCCCGGCCUCCUCCUGUGUCCAGAGAGCGUUCUGCGGGCGUGGGGGGAGGCGGGAGGAGGAGACUGCUGCGAGACCACCUUCAUCGAGGGGCUCGGCCCUGACGCCUCCUCCUCAGCUUCUGCUGCCUCCUCCUCCAUGAAGGAGGCGCUGCUGUUCGCUGACAGGAAGUUUCUGGACUUCUCUGGAGAGGACGCAAAGAUUCACACGCUGUCGUACGACAUCGACGACGAUGAUGAGUUCCAGGAGCUUGAGAGUGAUUACUCCAGCGAAUCAGAGAGUGAGGAUGCCUUCCUGUUGAUGCCUCCCAGAGAUCACCUGGGCCUCAGUGUCUUCUCCAUGCUCUGCUGCUUCUGGCCGCUCGGCAUCGCCGCCUUCUACCUGUCACACGAGACCAACAAGGCGGUGUCUAAAGGAGACUUCCACCUGGCGAGUUCCAGUUCGAGGCGGGCUCUCUUCCUGGCCGUGCUGUCCAUCACCAUCGGGACAGGUAUCUACGUGGGCGUGGCUGUGGCGCUCAUCGCCUACCUCUCCAAGAACCACCACUGGUAAACCUUGUUGUCAGGGAGGAAAAAUUACCCAUCAGGCACCGGGAAUGUGUUUGGGGUCUUCACCUGGAGUCUCAGGUGAGCAUUUCCUCGGCAGGUUGGCCCGCGGCAACGAGCUGGAGGACAACUUCCUGUUUGCAGAUGCAGAGACGCUUGUGUUUCUACACGGUGACGUCUGGAUGGCGCUCAACGGGUCGACUGUUUGUUGGGUGUUUUUCAGGACUGGAACCUGAAACCUUUAAACCAAUCAGACGGCAGAAUCUUUGACCAGACAAGACAGACGUUUCCUGUGACUUUUUUCUUUUCAUUCAGAUUUUGAUGUGAUUUUAACUUUAAACAGAUAAAAACAUUUCACAGC